UGAAAAUAAAAUUGGUGACGAAGGUGCAUCAGGCUUAGGUUCUUGUUUAGGAAAGUGCACUAAUCUCUCAAAUUUGACACUUUAUCUUCGUUAAAAUAAAAUUGGUGUCGAAGGUGCAUCAGGCUUAGGUUCUGGUUUAGGAAAGUGCACUAAUCUCUCAAAUUUGACACUUAAUCUUUAGUAUAAACAGUUUACUU